CCCAAGGACCCUCCCCCCCACCCCCCCCCCCCCCCCCCCCCAAAAAAAAAAAAGAAAAAAAAGAAGAAAUAAAUAAAAAACAGAUUUUUUUUAGCUGAUUAAAAAAGAUAAUGGUGUGACUCAAAAAGUCAGUUUUUCUUGUACGGCAGUGUGCUUUUUACCCCAAAAGUGCCCCUCAAUCAAUCAGUCAAUCACAUCCCUGAUAAAGCAUAACAACACAUUGACAUGUGAAACUGUUCAUUAACGUAUAUCAUUGUGUCUCAAUUGUGCCAUGUUUAUAGUUUUUUCUAAAUGUUAAAUUGAUCUGUCCAAUAUUUGAGAAUACUGAUGUCAUGUGGAUGUUACACCAUGUAUAUAAUGGUUAUGAACUUAAUUGCUGUUAUGUCAUUAUAACUGAACUAUGGCAUCCGUAACCUGUCAUUAAUCAAGGAAGUAGGGAACGGCAGCAACAUCAGCCAUGGGGACAAAUACAAAUCAAGGGAUGGAGAUCAAACAUUUACAAGACCACUUCUCCUCAAAAUUCCAGCAAGAUGCCUUGUCUUCGUUCGAGAAACCGCCUGAAACCGAAAAGCUGAUUUCCGAACAAUAUAGGAUGAAAAUACGGACAUCGGUGAAGUCAACGAUCCAGGGGAAGGUUUAUAAUUUCCUCGAACGACCAACGGGAUGGAAAUGCUUUAUAUAUCAUUUUACUGUGUUCAUGAUGGUUUUAGUGUGUCUCAUCUUUAGUGUAUUGUCCACCAUUGACCAGUAUGCCGACUUCGCCAAUGAAACCCUCUUCUGGAUGGAGAUAGUUCUGGUUGUAUUUUUUGGCCUCGAGUACUCAGUUCGACUUUGGUCAGCUGGAUGUCGCAGCAAAUACAUUGGCAUACGAGGGCGAUUCCGCUUCGCCAGAAAACCAAUCUCCAUCAUAGAUUUCCUUGUGGUAACAGCUUCAGCAGUUGUUUUAGCUGUUGGUUCCAAUGGCCAGGUUUUUGCCACCUCAGCAAUCAGAGGUGUCCGAUUUCUCCAGAUACUUCGCAUGUUACAUGUUGAUCGUCAAGGAGGAACUUGGCGACUUCUCGGCUCUGUUGUAUACAUUCACAGACAGGAGCUCAUCACUACACUGUAUAUAGGUUUCCUGGGGCUCAUUUUUUCAUCAUACUUUGUCUACUUGGCGGAGAAAGAUGCAGAUCCAUCCUCCGGGUCCAACUUCAACAGCUACGCCGAUGCCCUUUGGUGGGGUGUGAUCACAGUAACAACGAUAGGAUACGGAGACACAGUACCACAGACGUGGAUGGGCAGAAUUGUGGCCUCUUGUUUCUCUGUGUUUGCAAUAUCAUUCUUCGCGCUUCCAGCAGGUAUUUUGGGGUCUGGUUUUGCCUUAAAGGUUCAGCAGAAGCAGCGACAAAAACAUUUCAACAGACAGAUACCAACUGCAGCAUCUCUUAUACAGAGUAUAUGGCGAUGUCACGCAGCCGACUCACAUUUUCAUUCAGAAGCUACAUGGCGUGUACACAUGAGUCACCAUCACAGCCACCAUAAUCACAUGUUCGGCUCAUCUGGUACAUCAAGUAAUGCCAUAUCUCGCAUGGCGCGGCGCGCCAGUUUGCUCACUCGACGUCUGUCUGCUCAGAAACUCACUUUGAAAGAUAUGCACCCUUCCACAAAACAAGACGGUCAGAUUGGCUCAGAUGAUGAAGAUGCAGAGUAUCACCCUGUCUCAAAGCCAGACCAACUUACAGAAUCACACAAAGUGAUGAUACGUGUCAUAAGAAAAAUCAAAUUUUUCGUAGCAAGAAGAAAGUUUCAGCAAGCACGAAAGCCAUAUGAUGUUCGUGACGUGAUAGAACAGUAUUCUCAGGGACAUCUCAACAUGAUGGUUCGCAUCAAAGAACUGCAGCGAAGGUUGGAUCAGACUCUCGGAAAACCCAGCUAUGUUGGAAACGUUCGGGACAAGGACAAAGUCACCAUAAGUUCUCGACUCGAAUUCAUCGAACAUCAGGUGCAUAAAAUGGACAGAAAACUAGACCAGACUCUAGUAUUGUUGAACACAAUAACUAAAUCAUUCCAAUCAACAUCAAAACAAAAGUCCCGAAAUCGAUCUCUUACUUCUCAGACUGACAGUUUAUGUGAUAACCAAGAAAGUGGUAAAGGAAAUGUGGAGAAUAAAUCCACAGAUACAGUAAUUGAAGAGGAGUCAGAGUUAUAACAAUACAUAGAUGAAGAAUGUGGUGUUAACGAAGAUUGUGCCAAGAACAGAUAUUCUUAAUUUUUAUUUAUAAAUUAUGAAGAAUUAUUGAUUUUUUUCAGGGAAUAAGCUUGUAUGUUUUUUUACAAUAAUAUGUCGAGGUAUUGUCAUAGCCUUGGUGUUGUUGUGAUUCUCGGCGUUGUUGUAAAACAGAAACUUGUCACUUGUUACCAGAGAAAAUAUACACAUUUGUGGCAAGACCCAUCACUCUUGCUUUAAUAAUUGUUGAGUUAUCCUCCUAUUUAAUUUCAGUUUAAACUAUUUUAUUUAAGCUCAAUCAAUUAACUAAAUAAUUAAUUAAGUAUAAAAUCAAUCUCGAGUCUGUUUUGGGGGCAGAGACAAAUACUGUGUCCUUUUUGAGAAGCCAUAAGAAAGUACCCGCGGUGGGGAUGGGAGCCUGGCAACCUCUUGGGUCAAAAGUGGACGCCAUAUAAUACCACUAAACCAUUCUGACCCCCAUAUUGACAGAAGACGUGCAUUGGUGUUCCUUGCGCUGCGCUCUUGUUUUAUCAUUAGUACAAAAACAUCAUGUCAUUAUUACUCACGUUUUGACAUCAUGUUCAUGGGUAAACAUAAUGGGUAUUUCAGACAUUUUUUCAGCUGGACAACAGUUUUCUUCACUUCUAAUUUGAUUUUUUUAAGUUUACAAUGCUACGAAACUAAGCAACGGAUGACAGCAUAACAAAGCAUUUUCACUUUUGUUGUAAAACAAAAACUUUUUAUGUAUUAUCAUAAACAAAAAGUGCAUGUAUAGCAAGAUCUAUAACUCUGGCUUAAAUAAGUGUUGAGUUAUCCCCCUUUUCAUAGUUACAGUACGUAAAAGCUCUUCAAGAACUUUUCAAUGUUGUUAAUGGAUCAGCAAAUGAUUUGCCUUUUCUAAGUCCCACUUACAGGCCUCAUACUUACACAAUGUUUUUUAGUAAGGUUGUGCACAUGUUUACCGAAUCCCUUUUAACUUUGGUCAAAUGCACAACAUCCAAGACAGUAAAUUAGUGCAAAUGCAUUUUGUCUGGUUGAAAACCGUCCAGAAUACCAGUGAAGUUUCUGUUCAAUAUGAUGUUUAAACCAUGUGAUUGUACAUGGUAGAAAAUCUCUCCAGAGAAAACAAUGACCAUCACCGGUAGUUCUGGGACGUAACAGUGUGUGACACCAGACUGUCCACGGGUGUCAACCCAAUUGAGAGUAUUAGUGUUGUUAGAUUGUGAGGCAUUACUUAAUGCGUGUAACACUGACACACUGGACCAGUUUAAGGUACUUUCUAGAAGACACCAAACGUAAUCGGUGGUUAAACUUAAUUUAUCAUUAUGCAUUCCAUGGUUGUUACAAGUCAUAAACAUCUCUGUAGCUUCAAUAAUGCCCAGGGGUUAUAAGUUGUAUUUUUGCAUUCUUAUGAAGAUAUAAUUAUGCUUUUAGCAAUAAAACUUAUUCAUUUUCAUGUAUUUCUUUAGGAGAUUGACUUUUUUACCUUUUAAGGCAUGUUUUAAAUUGUUUUACGACAGAUAUACUACAAAAUAUUGUUGUUUCGUAUAGAAAUUUUUAUAAGCAGCUUGAAUACUUUGCAAAGAAACAUGGCUUUGAUACUUUGUAAUAUUAUGUAUUUUCAUAUCAUGUUGUAUUUUAGUGUAGUCAGAGUAAUAAUUUAAUGCUCAAAUUCUUAAUAUGUGAAAUACUCAUUUUAUAUUGUAUAUCAAUUCAAUGUUUAUAUAAUGUAGAAGUGUGAGCUUGAUGGUCAUCCAUAAUUCACACAUUUAGCUCAUGUACAAUCAGUCAACAUCAACUAUAUAAUCAUGUAUAAUACAAAAUUGCAAACACUGAGCUCAUAAUCGUCACAUAUACCUUCUGAAAUUUGAACUUUAAGAAAACUAGAAAUGCUUUUUACAGUUAAAAUAUGAAAUAAGUAUAAGAAUGGUAACAUGAUAAAAAGCAGGUAUGAUUUUUUUUUUUUUUUUUUUUUUUUUGAAAAAACUAUAAAUUUAUCCAUGUUAAAUUUUGGCAUGUAACAGUAUGAUUAAUGUUUGUGUUCAGAAACUCGGUAAAUAAAGGCCAUUAUUACAUUAUCUAUAAAUAAACAUACAUAUUUGGACGAAAAGCAAUUUUUGUAGACGAAAUAAAACACAAUAUUGUCCUGUCUUUUUAUGGACAGGAAACAGUUUUUCAUAUGACGUCAUAUUAGCGCUAAAAAAAUCACUUCAAAAACACCAUAUUGACCUGUCUGUUUAAAGACCGAAAAUAGUCUAGCAUAUGAUGUCAUAAUAUAUCAUGCGGUAUCAUGUAAUAAAACAAUCAUCUACUUUUUAGCUGUAAAUAAUGCAGUUCAUUUUGACCACAAAAUAAUUGUUGACCUCGGCUAUUGCCUCAGUCAAUUAGAUUUUUUUUGGUCAAUAAUGACAGCAUAUUUCUUAGUUAAUAAUUGUAUACAGUAUAAACGACUACAGUUGUAUAAUGUAGCGACUGGUCUCAUUAUAAAAACAAUGAGACCAAAAAUUCUUAAAAGUAAAGUUAUUUUUACACGUAAUAAAUAGGUUUUUGCUAUAUAUUAUUUCAUUUGAUUUAGAUUUAUAGUGUUUAUAAUAUUGUGUGCACAGAAUUGAAGUUCUAUAUCAACUAGAUGUACAAAUGUAAAAAAUGUUUUUUUAAUUCAUUGUUGUUUAUUUUGAUCUAUGAAACGCACUUAUCUUUAAUUAGAUUUCAAACUGGCACAAUUUCCAUUUAUCAACAUUCGGCAAAUUGUUCACAAGUUGUUUAAAGUUGUUAACCUUGUUAACAUGAUUUUUUUUUUUUACUUUAAAAUAUUUUUCUGCUCUAAAAGUCAAAUGAAUACAUGUACACUUGUGAUCUGCAGUAUUUCUAAUAAGAUUUGAGACAACUGUUCAGCUGUACUUGUUUUUAUUCAAAAGAUAUAUAUGAGCACACCAUAAACUAAUUCACCUUUUAAAGUUAACAAUGAUGCAUUUAACAAUGUUGUUAAUUUUAAUCAAAGAUCUAAACAAUUUGCUCAAUGCGUAACAAGGGUAAUGUGUAAGAUUCUAGUAAGUCCUUUUAUAAAUUCGGGUAGUUACAGCUUUCUUGCAUGAUAGUAUGAAUAUAUGCUAUAACUAGGCUAUGUAGUCUUUACUGUAUGAGUAAAAGUUUUCCUUGAUCCUCCUACAUAAAUAUUACUAAAGUUGAACACUUAAAACGGAAUAAUCCCAUUCUUCUUAAGGUAAGCCAUCCAUCAUUAAUACAAAAAAUACAAAAAAAUAUUGUUCCUGGAAAAAGUUCAUUGUAACACAAUGACAUUUGAAUAUUUUUAAAGAUUUCACUGAGUGCUUUUUAUACGCUCGAAGGGUCGUAUUAUGUUAUGGCCUCCAUCGUCUGUCCGUCUGUCUGUCCAUCUGUUAGCAAUUCCGUGUCCAGGCCAUAACUUGGUAACUAAUAAAGCGAUUUUCAAAUAACUUUAUACAAAUCAUCACUACAUUAAAAGGAUGUGUCACGCGCAAUUUCCAGGUCCAUACCUCAAAGACUAGAAUCACCAUGGGGGUGCGUUAGCAAAUCCGUGUCCGGGCCACAACUUGGUCACUAAUAAAGUCAUUUUCAAAUAACUUUAUACAAAUCAUCAUUACAUUAAAAGGAUGUGUCGCGCGCAAUUUCCAGGUCCAUACCUCAAACACUAGAAUCACCAUGGGGGGGACGUUAGCAAUUCCAUGUCCAGGCCAUAACUGGGUUACUACUAAAGCAAUUUUCAAAUAACUUUAUACAAAUCAUCUCUACAUUAAAAGGAUUUGUCAAGCAUGCUUUCCAGGUCCGUACCUCAAAAGGCUAAUUUCACUGGGGGGCGUUAGCAAUUCCAUGUCCGGACCAUAACUUGGUAACUAAUAAAGCGAUUUUCAAAUAACUUUAUACAAAUCAUCACUACAUUAAAAGGAUGUGUCGCGCGCAAUUUCCAGGUCCAUACCUCAAAGACUAGAAUCACCAUGGGGGUGCGUUAGCAAAUCCGUGUCCGGGCCACAACUUGGUCACUAAUAAAGUCAUUUUCAAAUAACUGUAAGGCAGGCAUGUUGGAGACAUAUUACACAGACCAUAGAUUGUGCUGGGCUGGCUGGUAAUUGGGUAAUUUAGGAGAUAUGUACCAACGAUAUUUGUAUGCUGAUUUUAUAAAAAUAAUUCAUUUCAUAAAAUCUGAUUCCAUAUUAGUACAUCCUUCAUUGCACUACUUACCAGUAUGUAUGUUGUUUUACAAUUAUUCUAUGUUGUUAAAAAAUACUGUUGAACAAAGGUUUUUAUUAGCAUUGCUAACUUAAGUAUCCUUAAAGUUUCAAUGUUGGAAGUUUAAGCCUUUGUUGUAAACACUUCACACCUAGUAAGCAGUAUACUAGCAUAACCUAAAUGUUUAUUAAAGACCUCAAGCCGAAUCUUCUUCGGGCGUAUAAUGCUCCGUUUCGCAGUGCUCUUGUUUUCUUUAUAUAGACAUAAAGUGUUGCAAGAAACGAAUUGAUAAAAUUGUUAUAUACCGUAAUUGUUGUAAAAACUUGUUUUAUUACCUCCCUUAUAUUAAAUUUUCAUUAAAAAAUGUAAUCCGUUCAAAAAUAAUUUAAAAAAUGGUUAAUCAAUAUAAAUUAGACAUUGAAAUAAUCUCGGUGAUAAUAUGUGAAGUGCUGCAACUAGCACAUCUUUGCUUUCUAAUGAUGGAUGCCUUACCUUAAAAAUGAACCUAUAAAUGUAAGUACAAAUAAGUUAAUAAGAAUAAGUUGUAAGCGAAAAAUUCAGACAAGAUUGCUCUUAUCUGUUGUCAUAGUUUCAAUUGUUCAGCAGAUUUUCAGGUCAUGAGUAAGGUCAAAUUUGAUAGUUUAUCUGUUUUUCAAAGAUAAAAACUCAUUCAACUGAGAUAGCCUUAGUGUUGGCAUCAGUGGCAUUGUAGUGCACCCACCUCAGAUAAGUAGAUCCCAUGAUUUAACAAUGCUAGAAAUUCUUAUCUUGCCCACGGCCGAAGAUAAAAUGCCCGUAUGGAACUCCUUUUUUAUGGUCGCCGCAUACUAAUUACCUCCCUUGUUGAAAACUGUUGUCUGUAGCAUCAUGGAAAACUUGUCUUAUGGCAAUAUUGAGAACGCUAAUUAAUUAUUUCCCGCUUCAAAUGUUACCGUAAAACAGUUUUCACGCACCUUCAAGAAAUAAUGCUUCACUCUCCUUAUAACAUAAUGUGUAUCACUGUGUGCAUAUCAAUGACAACUACGAAUUAUCGCAUAUCCAUACCCAAUUACUUUCACUAAGCACAAAAGAGUUCUAGCGAAAAAAAUACAUUUUUGCUUUAUUUGGUUUAACUGAGGUGGGAGAAAAAGCAUCUACCAUAGCCGCUCGUGUAAGAUAGGUUCAUACCGACCCUGGCGCAGGGUGUUUUGCUGAAACUCGGUAAACCUCGUUUUCGCAAAACACCCUUAGUAACGCUCGGGUCGGAAUGAACCUAUCUUACACUCUUGGCCAUGGAAGAUACUUAUAAUCUUGGAUAAAACUCAAAUAGAAAUGUUAUGAAUUGAAAUGAUACUUGGUACACCUGUAGCCAGAUACAAUACCCACAUGUACAUCACAGCCCCUUAGAUUAAUAAUGGCUAUAUUAAUUAUGAUGUUAUGCUCCUUGUUAGACUUAAAACCCUAAACAUUGGCAAUUGCUCAGCAGCAUUCUUGUUUUUUUGAUAGCUUUGAUUUUUGUCAUUAAAUAAGAAAACUAUAAGCAACAUUUUGCACUAUUUUCAUUUAUUAUGGCAUAAAUUUGUUGAUGUUUAAGUGUAAUUUAGAAUUCUGUCAUAACUGGUGUGAUGCAGAAUUUUGCCAGCAAACUAUAAUGACAUCUUCCCCGAGUUUACAGAUAUAUUGACUUAGCAGAGUAUUUUAAUAUUUAUUAUAUGACUUAGGAUUUAUACAAUUCUCAAUAUUUGUUUUAAAACAAUGAUGUUUAAAAUGCAAUCACUUGUAAUCUUGAAUUAAGUGGUGGUUUUAAAUUGUAUACUUGUAUUUGGCAAUACUGUAUUAUUUCAUUGACAGUUUUGUCUACUUUUAAAAAUUAAUCGUAUUCUAUUAGUGUGUUGUGUUUUUUAUCAGCACUUGUGUGUGAUUCAAAUAAUUUUCUAUGCAACCAUUUGUUUAUUAUUGUCAACAUUGUUGUAAAUUAAAAUUAAUCAAGAAAAUAAGUAUUGAUUUUGCAAUAGAUAAGCUAUUGAUGUAUCAAAUUUUGAUGUAUUUCACAUAAAAACAUUUUUUGAUUAUGAUGAUCAUUUGACUAGGUCUCUAGUCUUAUAGUUUUCCCUGUGGGAAUUUGUUCUAUUUAUUUAUUUUGUUGUAGUUUUUCUUUAAAUCUACUUCAAACACUAGUAUGCGGCAUACGGACCACCUCGGCCAUUUUCCCUUUGAAAACAACCUCAGAUGUAUGCAGGUACAUCAGUAGAAGUAGUUCGCGACAAUUUCAAUAAUAGUUUGUUUUUUUAUCAAUUAUAUCGUUUUAAUGUGUUAUUUGUAUUACUUAGUUCAAACUAAUUCCCAUUGAAGUGGAUAAUUGCAUAAAUAAUUAAGAUUCCCAUAGGUCAUUAAGUUUAAGUGCUAAAUUGAAAUUACUAUGCAAUCUGCUGAUUGCAGCGUAUUGUAUUGUAAAGUUUUAUAGUAUUGUAAACCGUCCAUAUACAUUCGAGGUCGUUUUCGAACGACAAUGGCCAAGGUGUUCCAAAUGUAAUCACGGUACAUCUUCAGCAAAUUGUUAAUUUCUUAAUGAAAUAUUCAGCGGCUUACUUGUGGCUACCUCAAAUUUUCAAAGGUUUUGGUCGGUUUAUAACCAGUAAUUAAUUAACAAUCUUUUAAUAUUGGAUUAAAAAAAUAACCAUAUUGAAAGUUAAGGAGAUGAUAUUGUGUGCUGUGUAAAACUUAGGGUAUAGAUGUGCAAUGAUCAGUAUACUUUGUGAAAUUGAGACUAGUUGAUAUUGGAUUGAUAUAAUAUAAUAUAUUUUAUUGAUAUUCCACUGUUUUACAGUAUUUCUCUGGUUUUAGGGACCACACCACUUAUAUUAUUGUGAUACUUUUGUUUAUUACAUGGUUGUUUAAUAAA